AUGGGCGCGUCUAUGGUGUCUGGGGUGUCGGGAGGCUCACGUGAUCAGGCCCCGGAAGCCAUGGUGCGCGGCGUCCUCAAGGAGACGGUUCGCGGACAGCCCAACAAGUUCAAAAAAUUGUUCGCGCAAGUGAAGGGUAAGGUGGGCGUCAGCGAGGUGACCGAGUACCCGAAGGCGUUCAAGGCACACGUCGACGAGCUGGACGCCUACAAGUUGUGCGUCGAUGACCUGGCUGAUGCGAUUAUCGCUGCUGCGCAGCAGAACCCCUACUUCAGGAAUGAGGAUGACCCCCAGAUGCCCAUCAUGCCGCCGACCAACUGUGACCCGCACGAGCUCGUCCAGGAGUCGAUGAAGAACGAGGUGGCCUUCGGCGAGUAUGCGUGCCGCGAGAUGUCCGUCGCCAUCUUCCGCAAACUCGGCAGCAUCCAUCGCGAGUAUCUGGGCCGCGUCCGCAAAUCGAUUCACAGCAUCCGGACCUUCAUCAACUACGACUACUGGGUGAUCGCGCAGGAGCGCAAAGAUCUGGAGCGCUGCCGCUAUGAGAUGGACUUUGCGAAGCAGGACUUGAAGGCUACCGACGACCCGGCGUUCGUGCAGCUAAAGAGCAAGGUGGCCGACGACGCGAUCAAGGCGUUCGAGUUGCAGCUGCAGAAGACGAUGACGGCUCUCGAGACGCUACCCAAGCUGAAGGCCGACCAUGUGAAGGAGGUGCUAUCGCUGGCCGAGGUGCAGAGACGCUACCACGAGAAAUCGUCCCAGGUGAUCAAGGUCUACAGCGAGAAGGCAACGAAGAAGGCGAGCAUGGAGAAGGGCGGCAGCAAGGACCAGCCCGAGGACGAGAAGCAC